CCGGGCGGGAUGGCUCGGCAGUCCUUGUUAGGCAUAGGAACCUACAACGUCGGCGCCAAUAUAGAUGCGUCCGCCACGGCGGCCAUGAUGGAAGGUCUUUCAGAGUGGAAUGGGGCUGAGAACAGCGCCAGCGGUGCAAGAGAAGAAAGUCAUGGUUCUGCUGGAGGUGCUGCGGGAACGAGCGCCGACGGUGGUCAUCACAACGCCCCCUCGCAAGCCUCAAUCUGGGGUCAUAACCAUGAUGCCGGCUCAGCGUCCUGGUUCAUGGACUUUGAGGCGCCGAGCGUUCCAGACUUUAGUGGACUAGGGGGCGUUGAUGCAUACGGUACCCUGUUUGGCACUGGGAACGGUGCUGGACGAGGUGGUUUGAAUGGCGGUCACUAGGGGAUGAUGAUAUCUGAAGAGCCUCGACUUGAGGCGCAGGGAAGAGAGAGAAAGACAGGAACCGAGAGAGAGCAUACCCAAUCUGUUUCCAUGGUUUAAACAACAGUUUCUUAUCAGACAUGUACGUACUUGAAUGUAUUGAAGUGAAGUGGUCGGUAUGCUUUUGGGAUGGGGCUUGGAGUCUUCAGGCAGUGUUUGG